UCAACAAUCCAAACAGCACACGAUGGAUGCUGCUUGCCAUCCUCGUGUUCAAAUUAUGUUUAAUAGCUGUUCAUUCGGCCGAGUCAAACGGUCAAAAAGCGCAUUUCCAAGUAGAGGAUAAAUCUGGAGAUCUGAAAGUGAUUGCUACUAAAGACAUGGCGAAGGUUACUUCACAAGCUGACAGUGUUCAAGUCGUCGUGAAGCCAGGAAUGGCGGAUUAUCCAGUUGUUAAGUCAGACAAGCCUAUAGUUCACGUUACAAAUGGUUGCUGUGGUUGGAAUUCAUUAUCGUUCAAGAAAUCUUUAAUAAAAAAAGGAAAAGCAUAUUCAAAACAUCAAAGGAAACAAAAAGUUUACAAUGAAAAACUUCGUGCGAGAAAAAGCAAUCGACAACUUGAGCUUGGAAAAAGGCUACCGCUGAACGGCAAAUUGCCAAGCAACAAAUCAUCUUUACUGAAACGCUUUAAAUCAUUAACGCCAUAUAAGAAGAAGACAAAAGAAAACCAAAGUCAGAAAACUAAAACUUCUUUUAAAACUUUGAAGCUCAAAGAAGAAACAGCGUCUAGGAAAUCAUUCCAGCCCAAUGAAUUUGGUUUUGCGGUGAGCGGUACAGCGGGUAAACUCAACAUGGAUGUAACUACAAAUGGAACCAAGAUAACGAGUGAGUCUGGUGUGAUGGAUGUGUUCCUGAAGCGCAAGGCCAGCUCGGCACAACACGAUAAUAUCCAUAAACACGACAUUGUACAUAUAGCUCCUGAGUUGGUUAACAAUGAUGAAAUUGGUCUGCGAAAGUCACAGAUACCUAAGAAGAUCAAUAAAAGAACACCAGUCAUUCCUUACUGACUGUGGCUUGUAGCUUACAAUAUCCGUGAAAUACACUUUUGCGCAUUUUAGCAGAGUGAACUCACGUGAAAUUUAAAUUUAAAUUUUUGAACCUCUUUGUACUAUUUUGUGCAUUUAGAAAAUGUUGUGCGUAAAAAAACGUUGGUGAUUCAAAGACAGUUCUGCUUCAGAGGCACAUUUAGUUCAAUUUUGUGCUAUUUUGGGUUUGUACAAUUUCACGGGUUCAAUGUGUUCACUCUAUUCCUUUAAACUUGCUUAUUUCACUCAUGACCAGAAAUCCCAGAUAUUUCUAAUGCGCAUGAUCGUGUUGGGAGAGUGAUCGCACUUAAUCCAUGCAACUUUACAAACUAAAUAGUUCUAUUUAGUUGUAUUUAGUAAAUCGUGCAUGCGAUACGCAAAUUAAAUUGAAUUGAUACAAAUGAA